AUGGAGACCUCCGGUCUACCUCUCCUCCUGCUCCUCCUCCUCACCGCCAUCGCCUGUAAUUCACAUGCUCUCACUGAUGCUGAAGUUGCCUUCAUUGCUCGUCGGCAACUCCUCAGCCUCUCGAAGAACGUCGAUCUUUCCGAUGAUUUCGAAUUCGACGUGAAAGUCGAUUACCAAUUCGCCAACCCUCGCAUCCGACGUGCCUACAUUGCCCUCCAAGCUUGGCGCCAUGCCAUGUACUCUGACCCCUCGAAUGUCACCGGCAAUUGGGUCGGCCCCGAAGUGUGCAAUUACAACGGCGUGUUCUGUGCCAAAGCGCUCGAUGACUCUUCCGUCGAUGUCGUCGCCGGCAUCGACAUCAACGGCGCCGACAUUGCGGGUUAUCUUCCGAACGAGCUCGGCUUGCUCACCGACAUGGCACUUUUCCACAUCAACUCUAACCGAUUUUGCGGAAUCAUUCCCAAGAGCUUCUCGAGGCUAUUGCUCCUUUACGAGAUAGACGUGAGCAACAAUCGCUUCGUCGGGCCAUUCCCAAUAGUGCUGGUCGGCCUGCCAUCCUUGAGAUACAUCGACCUCCGUUACAAUGACUUCGAGGGUCCCUUGCCAUCGGAGCUCUUCGACAAGCAACUGGACGCCAUCUUCUUAAACAGCAAUAGGUUCACCUCAGGCAUUCCUGAGAAUUUCGGCAAUUCGACGGCAUCGAUCAUCGUUUUGGCCAACAACAAUCUCGGCGGCUGCAUCCCAAGUAGUACGGGGAGGAUGGGAGCGACCCUCAACGAGUUGAUAUUGUUAAACAAUGAGCUCGUUGGUUGUUUGCCCAUGGAGAUCGGACUCCUCGGCAAUGCUACUGUGUUGGAUGCGAGUUGGAAUUCAUUGGUCGGUGUACUUCCAACUAGCUUUACGGGAUUGAACAAAGUGGAACAAUUGGAUCUAUCCCACAAUGUUCUUACAGGGGCGGUGUCUAAGAAUCUCUGUCGAUUGCCUAGCCUUGCUAAUUUCACCUUCUCUAACAACUACUUUAAUGUGGAAGAUGGUGAGUGCUUGACAUCAUCAUCGAAGACGGCUGAUGUCGUCUUGUUUGAUGAUGAAAGCAAUUGCCUUGAGAAUAGGCCAGGACAAAGGCAAGCCGAGGACUGUUUGGCCGUGGUGAAUCACCAAGUGGAUUGUAGCAAGCAAAAGUGUGGUGGCUCUUCAACUCCACCAUCAUCAUCAUCAUCAUCACCAUCACCAUCAUCAUCAUCUACAACACCAACAUCACCUUCUAAAUUGUCGCCGCCAUCUUCUUCGACGACACCUUCACCUUCACCUUCGAAGCCAUCAUCUCCGAAACCAUCAACACCUAGUUCUCCCCCAUCAUUAUCUCCAUCUCCAUCAGUGCCAGUACCCAAGGAUAGAUCACCAGUGGAGCGGUUUCGCUCACCGCCUCCGCCUGCAGGGUCAUUGCCGGAGACACCAACAGAGCCAUUACCCUCAUCGCAAACACCACCAGAAUCAUCAUCCCACUCACCAACUACUCCGGCUAGCUCUCCAUCGACGCCAAUGGAAGUAAAUUCAUCCCCUCCAUUAGCGACUAAAUCUCCGUCUCCUUCAGCGAAUGCACCACUACCACCAUCUCCUUCAAUUUCAUCUACACCGGCAACGACGGACUCACCAGCUCCUUCAGUACAAUCACCUCCAUCUACCAUUCACUCACCACCGUUGCCUUCGGUACAAUCACCUCCGUCACCUCCGGCAUCAUCUCCAGUACAAUCAUCUCCACCAUCAUCUUCAGGACGGUCAACUCCGUCGUCAUCUCCAUCUCCAACACAAUCAUCUCCGCCGUCAUCUCCAGGACAGUCACCUCCAUCGUCAUCUUCAAUGCAAUCACCUUCACCAUCAUCUCUAGUACAAUCACCUCCACCUCAGGCGCAAUCUGCUCCACCUCCAGUGGACUCACCACCACCUCAGGCACAAUCAUCUCCACCUCCAGUGCACUCAUCACCACCUCCGGUACAAUCUCCUCCACCACCCGUGAACUCACCGCCUCCUCAGGUACAAUCUCCUCCGCCACCAGUGAGCUCACCACCUCCUCCGGUACAAUCUCCUCCGCCGCCGGUGAACUCACCACCACCUCCAGUACAAUCUCCUCCGCCGCCGGUGCCCUCACCACCUCCACCAGUACAAUCUCCUCCUCCUCCAGUGUACUCACCGCCUCCGCCGACUCAAUCACCACCACCACCAAUGCAGUCUCCUCCGCCACCAAUGUACUCACCACCUCCACCACCAUCAACACAACCUCCUCCACCAGCACCUGUUUUCUCUCCUCCGCCACCGACAACAUCCCCACCUCCACCCGUGUUCUCACCUCCACCCCCUGUCUCAUCUCCACCACCAUCACCAGCAACUUCAUCUCUUUCGCCUCCCGACCAGUCUCCAGCAGAGUCCCCAGAAGAGGUUUAUAUCUUACCACCAGUGGGUGGGUUGAGCUAUGCAUCGCCGCCUCCACCAAUCUUCAAGGGCUACUAA